AUGGCCGGCGGGGGGCGGCGGUGCCCAGCGGCGCUGCUGCUGGCGCUGGCGCUGCUGGCGCUGCCGGGCGGGCUGGGCAAGCCGACGGCGUGGCAGGAGCGGGCGCGGCCCGGAGCGGCGCAGCAGCACGAGGACGCGCCGGGAUUCCGGUACGACCACGAGGCCUUCCUGGGCAAGGAGGAGGCACGGAGCUUCGACCAGCUCAGCCCGGAGGAGAGUCAGGAGCGGCUGGGGAAGAUUGUGGAUAGAAUAGAUGAAAACAAAGAUGGCUAUCUCACAACAGAGGAGCUGAAAAACUGGAUUAAACGGGUGCAGAAACGCUACAUCUAUGAAAACGUCGCUAAGGUUUGGAAAGACUAUGAUACAAACAAGGACAAUAAAAUCACCUGGGAAGAGUACAAACAAGCUACCUACGGUUAUUAUCUAGAAAAACCAGAAGAAUUCCAAGAUGCAACAGAUCGGCACAGUUUUAAAAAAAUGCUGCCCAGAGACGAAAGGCGAUUCAAAACUGCAGAUCUGGAUGGAGACUCAGCUGCCACUCGUGAAGAAUUCACUGCUUUCCUUCACCCAGAGGAAUUUGAGCACAUGAAAAACAUCGUUGUCUUAGAAACGUUAGAAGACAUAGACAAAAAUGAGGAUGGCUUUGUGGAUCAGGAUGAGUACAUUGCUGAUAUGUUUGCAAAUGAAGAGGGAGGACCAGAGCCUGACUGGGUGACCACAGAGCGUGAGCAGUUUGCAGAUUUCCGUGACCUCAACAAGGAUGGAAAGAUGGACAAAGAGGAGAUUCAGCACUGGAUUCUCCCACAGGACUACGAUCAUGCACUUGCUGAAGCCAGGCAUUUGGUCUAUGAAUCAGAUGUCGAUAAGGAUCAAAAACUAACAAAAGAGGAGGUUUUAGACAACUGGAAUAUGUUUGUUGGAAGUCAAGCUACUAAUUAUGGGGAAGACCUCACAAGAAACCAUGAUGAACUAUGAUAUAAGUAUACCAAGCAGCAUGCCACAGGCCUUUUCUCCAUUUUACUAAAUCUACCACGUCCAUCCCCUGUUUGGGGAGGAUGGACAAGGGACACACUCAAAACUGAAUGACUUGCAUAUAUUUUUAACAUGGCAGUUUAUUACCUCAGAAACUACGUAGAAAUAGGGUUGUUUUCUUUUUAACUUUCUUCACAAGGUUAAAUGCUAUAUCUAAUUAUACAGUUCUGUUUUGGGGAAAAAAUGGUAAUGUUUCUUAGUAGGUUAGAUCUGGGAAAGGCACUUAAAACAUAACUCCAAGGAUCUUCAAUAAUAACAGGUUUUCUUCAAAUGCCCAUUUUUAUCAUAGUAAAAUGCAGCUACGAUUAGUAAGAAAGAAACCUACUUUUUCAGUAGUCUAAGUUGUUUAGACAUCAUUUCUAAUAGUGUUUGAAAUCAUAGAAUGCCUUAAGUUGGAAGGGACCUUGAAGAUCAUCUAGCUCUUAAUUCCCUGCUGUGGGCUGAUUGCCACCCACCAGAUAAGGCUGCCCAGGGCCCUAUCCAGCCUAGUCUUGAAUGCCUCCAGCGAUCAGGCACCCAGAACUUGUCUGUUCUUACAGUUUCACCCUCCUGUACACCCUCCUCCACAACCUUUUUGUCCAUGCUGCAUUUUUCUCUCUAAGUUGGGCUGAAGAAGAUACCAGCAGACCCAUGGGUCAUAGCUUCACAAGUGCAUCACGUGCAAUUGGCCCUUCUCUCUAAGUCCCACUGCAGUGCAGAAGCAACACGUGGCCCAACAGCCAUGCUGGCAUUCCUCAGCAAGGGUUGUGGAGUUCAGAUUGACAGCUGUUCCUUCUGACAACAGAAUAAUGUACAUUGUUUGUGGGCUGUUAGUUAUGCUGUUUCCUGGAAGGAAUUAUGCCACAUGGAGCAUAAUUUAUCUCACGCUUUUCACGCUUUACCCAAGCCAUGCUCUUGUUCACACAGUGUGAAUGGCAGCAGCUCCGUGAUGGAGAAAGAAUGAGACAUAUCACCCCUCUGGGCCUUCUGUUUUCUGUACUACAGACACGGACAGAUUCAUGUGGCUGAAGUUCUGGUUUGUAUGUAUGUACGUAUAAAUAAGUGUUACUGAAGCAACUACAUGGAGACAGCUUUCCUUCCAAAGAAAGGAAUGAGCUUUCCACACAGGUGCUUUCUUUUUUUACUGUAUAAUGUGAGCAGUAACAUGUAUAUUUUUAUAUACCUAACUCCAAUAAGUUUGGUUGGUUUAAAAUAUAUUAUUUUUAAAACAAGCACAGUAAAACCAUAACUUUUUGAUACUAUGAAGGUGCAAUAACACUAAUACAGACAGACUAGCAUAGAGAGAUGAUGUGAUGCUUCUUAUGCCAACAGUUCAGCCUGCAGCACUGGCUGGUCAUCUACAAACAGCAGCUGGAUGUAUGGCACCAACUUUUUCUUCUUUGCAUCAUUAAAAAAAGCUAGAAAUAAGUGUAUAGUUUUAGUAUUGCUAGAACCUGUUCUGAAUGCUAAGGUCACAUAAGAACAGUGCUAAAUACUUUCAGUUGAAGAUAGCUCUCUAUUACACACACUGGCAGGGAUUACUUGCCUUUGCUAGCUUUAUUAUUAAGCUUUUAGCAUGCACCUACAACACUGCCUGCAAGGUCUCCUAAAAGUCCCUACCUCUUCUGCUAACAUAGAGUAGGACAGAUGUCAUAAGACAUAAACGGUUUUUGCUCUCCCAGUAAUUCCAUGUCAAAGUAAUGCCUAAAUGCAGUGUUACCUGAGAAGCAAUAAAAUUGUAUCUUGGCACACAUAAAAAAAAAA